ACCAGCACGUUGAAAAUGGCUCAAGGAAGCGCGACGAUUGCCUUCGGCGACAGCAACCACGGCUUUGAAGUGGGGCAAAGCUACGGCCCAAUCAGCGCUGAGAUCCACCUCCCGCCUGAACGACCAGAGACCCCUCCGAGCCCAUCGGCCAACGUCCCCUUUCCCCAAGACCUUGACUUUGUCAACCGCGGAACGCUACUCGAUCAGAUUUGCGAAAAACUAUCCGUGCCAGCAUCUAGGGCUGCGCUUGUUGGUCUGGUCGGAGUGGGGAAGUCGCAACUUGCAAUCGAACACUCCUACCAAGUUAGAAAGAAAUCGCCAGAUACGUGGGUUUUCUGGGUGCACGGCAGCAACGCCGCCCGAUUUGAGCAAAGUUUUCGGCAAGUUGCAGACCAAGUCAAGAUUACCGGCCGCAGGAAUCCCAAGGCAAAUAUCUUCCAGCUCGUCUACGAUUGGCUUCACGAUGAAAAAAAGGGAAAGUGGGUGCUUGUCCUCGACAACAGAGCGCAGGAAGGAGGCCUAAAUAGCGGUAUAGCGCAACCACUCUUGCGAUGCUUACCUUGCAGCGGAAAUGGGACGGUCCUCGUUACGACGCGAAGCAGGGACAUAGCGCUGAAACUGGUGGGAGAGAGAAACAUAAUCGAUGUGGAACUAAUGGAUGAGAGGCAGGCGCUGGCGCUUAUUGAAACAAAGCUAGGAAAGCAAAGUAACAAGAAGGAUAUUGCGGAGCUAGCGGCUGCACUCGAGUUUAUGCCCCUUGCUCUCAUCCAGGCGGCUGCGUACAUCAAGGCAAGAGCAUCACGAUUUUCGGUACGGCAAUAUAUUGAGAAGUUCCAGAGGAGUGACAGGGCAAAGACGAGUCUCUUAGACUACGAUGCAGGUCAUAUUUACAGAGACUGGCAGGCUAAAAACUCUAUUCUUAUAACGUGGCAAAUAUCGUUCGACUACAUAUUUCAGACCAGGCGGUCGGCAGCUGGCCUGCUUUCACUCAUGAGCUUUUUUGACCGACAAGGGAUUCCUGAAGCUCUGAUUCGGCCUCAAAGUGAAACGGGAAACAGACACGAAAACUCGAGGGCGCAUAGUGAAGACCGUAAAGAGAGGGAUGAUGAAGAUAGCGGGUCGGAAGCUAGCGCCGACGACGGGUUUGAAGAUGAUAUUCUUAUAUUAAGAGACUACUCGUUCAUCUCCCUUACUAAAGAUCCGACUACGUUUGAAAUGCACAUGCUGGUGCAGCUGGCCACGCGGAAGUGGCUGGAAGGUCAGGGACAACUAGAAGAAUGGAGGCAGCAGUAUAUUAAGAAUAUUUGCAUCGGGUUUCCGGAUGGGUCCUACGGGAAUUGGCCGAUAUGCCAAACGUAUUUUCCUCAUGCGAAAUCGGCAUUAGCGCAGCAGCCAGAGGGCGAAGAUUCGCUUGGGGAGUGGGCUCUCCUAUCUUACCAUGCAGCAUGGUAUGCCUGGGCAAGAGGAACUCCUAUUAACGCGGAGAAGAUGUCAAUAAGGUCAAUGAAAGUCAGGAAAACCCUUCUUGGUGAAGAGCAUAAGGACACGUUAAGUAGUAUGGCAAUGGUAGCGUUAGCAUACAAUUUUAGGGGCCGGUGGAAGGAGGCCGAAGAGCUAGGGAUGCAAAGUUUAAGGGUUCUUGGGAAGGAGCAUCCUUCCACGCUGACCAGCAUGGCCAACCUGGCGUCAACGUACUGGAAUCAAGGGCGGUGGAAGGAGGCCGAAGAGCUAGGGUUGCAAGUGAUGGAGACAAGAAAGAGGGUGCUUGGGGAGGAGCAUCCUUCCACGCUGACUAGUAUGGCUAACCUAGCACACAUAUUGAAGUCUCAAAGCCGCAACGAAGAUGCCAUUUCACUAAUGCGAAAGUGCUGCCAGCUACAAGAACAGAUUCUUGGCCCUCAGCAUCCUCACACAGAGGAGUCGCUUGAAACUCUAAAUAAGUGGCAGAUAGAGAACAUGAAGGCCGGACUUUGA